GAAUUAUUUGGCGCCUUCCAAAGACAUUCCUCUCCUUUUAUUUUCCACCAUAUUUCAAAAACUUUUCAGAUUGUUUCUCAUUCUCUCCCGCGCCAUUGACGCGCCAGUGGAGUGGAGGGAAGAACCCAAAAAUAUUUCGUCUCCUCCAAACUGGAUCAGCUAGCAGCCUAGCACGGACUCCCAUUAAAACCCUCCCGUUUUUUCGCGCUUUUUUUGCGGGUGGAGUCCGUCGUUUUGUAGCAGGCCGACGGUUGAGGCUGCUUUUUGGAUUUUGUUUCUUACUCCCCUCCCCUUUUUGUGCGGCUUGUUUGUCCCGAAGCCGGACGGAAGGGUUAGAAAUUGUGACAGGCAGUCAGAGUUCAGUCGGCAGCAGGAGACUAGCGGUGUAGUAAUGGCGUCGACGCAAGCAAUCCCUGCCGUGGAAAUCCAGAGCUCACCGGCGAAAGGAGGGAGGUCUCGGACUAAGGAUCCUGGGCUUCGCGUUGUAGGCGGCAGAAUUUACGAUUCUCGCAAUGGGAAGACUUGCCAUCAGUGCCGUCAGAAGACGAUGGAUGUUAUGGCUCAGUGUAGGAUUCUGAAAGAGCGCAGCAAACCAUGUCCCAUUACUUAUUGCCAUAAGUGCUUGCUGAACAGGUAUGGAGAGGUGGCUGAAAAUGUCUCACAGAUGGAAAACUGGCACUGUCCCAAGUGUAGGGGCAUUUGCAAUUGCAGCUACUGCAUGAAGAAGAAAGGUCACCAACCCACUGGUAUUCUGGCGCAUACAGCAAAGCAAAAUGGGUUUGCAUCUGUUUCUGAACUUCUGCUGGUGAAAGGUCCUGAAAACUUUGUGUACACUAGGGCGAAGGACAAGGAUGCUUCCCCGAAGAAAACUGUUUUGAAAGUGGAGCCGGAAGUUGGUUCACCAAGGAAGUCAGGGAAAGAGAAUUCUUUGGAUGGAAAUGGUGAUUUACCCUUGCAUACUCAGAAUGAAAUCUCAAGUCCCAAGAUUAACAAAUCCAAGAAAACAAAAAGGGAAGGGCUGAAAGAAGUUAGUAAUGGCCUUGCUGAAGAUGCUGCCUCAAUGGUUAAGAAGAAGAAGCGUAGGAUGCAUGAACAUAUUUCUGAAAAUGACGAUGCUGUUGUUCCAAAGGCCCAUGAUGAUAAUGAACCAGCCAUGGCUUCAAAAUCCUGCUGGAAUCAUAAAAAAGAAGUGGUGCAUAAUGAGAUUCCUUUGCAAAGACGGAAUCAUGUGUUAAUAAGUUGGUACGUAGUAGACAAUAAUUUUUCGUCUGGUCGCUUUAUUUAUUGCUGCAUUUAGAACUUCUUUCCUUGUCAAUCUCAAACAGUUUUAUCAAUUGUUUAAUUGAUUUAGUUUGUUCUCUUUGGUCUUUAUGGUGAAGGCUUUUGAUCUGACGAAAGGGCAUGCUGAAGCAGUCAUAAGGGAAAUGGUAAAGGGCCGAAGAGGAUGUAGGACGCAAUCCUCUCUUGUAAUCCAGGUUCAUAUCCAGCUGCUAUCUCUGUUUCAAGAAGAUACAGAUGAAAGGUGUCCAACCCUAAGUCCAACAGAUGGCCAGAAUUCGUGGCUGUUAUCUCUGGGGGAAUUUGUCUCCAAAUACCCUUUCAUGUCGAAGGACUUCCCUCCCGACUGUUUUGACAGAGGGAAUGGCACGUACGAGGAGUUGAACGUCUCUGGAAAGCUCAAACUCCUUAAUUUUCUGUGUGAUGAAACUCUCAACACCAUAGAGUUGAGAGACAUCAUUGAUGAGCAAAAUUUGGAAUUCCAUGCAAGUAGGAAGGAAGCCAAGGCCAAAAUUCUUGCUGCAAAGGACAAGGAAAAGGAAGUGAAAAAGAAGACGCAGGAUGAGAUUGCGAAAGCUAUACUUGCCAAAAAUGGGGUUCCUUUGUCCAUUUCUGAGCAUGACGCAUUAAUGUCUCAGAUUAAAGAGGAAACUUCUCAAGCUCAUGCAGAGAUGGAGGAGGCUAAGGCCAUGGUAUCUACGGAAUCACAAAGAUCUGAUGCUAUAAGAACGGUUCCCAUGCUUUUGGAUAUCAAGGGUCGUGCUUUUUGGAGACUAAGGAGCUACAACAAUAGCAAAGAUAUCUUACUCCAAGAUAUGGGUGAUUUGGGCUCGGAUUCGCCUAGUGAGAAGUGGUUUACUUAUGACGAAGCACAGAUACCAGAAAUUGAGAAAUAUAUAUCUGUCGUUAGGGCUAGGACAAAGGUCAAGGGUAGAAAAGGUUAUGAACCAGUACCAGAUGUCAACAUGGAGGAAAGCUUAUAGCUUCCUUCAAGUAAGAAAGCUAGGAUCUUCAUGUGUACAAAACUGAAAUGGUGCAGGAUCCUCAAUGUUUGGACGGCAACUUUGACAAUGUAGUUGUACAGAAGAGUGGUGAGCCAGCCUGAUGGCAGUUAAGGUUAACUACUACUUCACUUUCAUGGAUGGAUGCAUGUGGAAUUGGUGUAUUCCCCAAUCAAAGUGGAAAUUAGAUCUUCCCAUUUUGAGUUCUUUUGUCAUUGGAGGAAGGGGUUAAAAAGGGGACUGUUGUAUUACUGAAAGUCCUGCAUUUUGUGGACAUGGUUUUAGAUGGGAAUAAGCUCCCUCCUUUCUGUUUCUUAUUUGUUCUUUCUUGUAGAAAUGACCUCAGUUUGAGACUUUGUUAUAAAUCCUCCAUCUAUAGUUUGCUGCUUCAGUCUCCUUGUUGCUUUCUCAUUUUUUAUGCUGCUUCGUGACAAUCAUUUAUGGG